AUGGAAACCUACACAUGGCCCGAUCCGACGGACGCCCUGAAGGACCAAGACUACCAGCCAGUGGGGAACGACGCCGGCGCCAGCACCCUCGCGCCCGGCCAUACCGACGUCGCUGAGUGGCUGCCCAUAGCAUACCACGACAAGACCACGGCCUACAUCGAGGCGGAAACAGGCGACGGGGCUUCAAGGUGUCAGACUGGGGCCAUGACCUUUUUCAAGAACAAUGCGCAGAGCCCGCUGGCCUUUGUGUCCACUGAAACCGCGCGGGCCGAUCUCUGCAUUCUCAGCUCGGACGGCAGAGCCACAGGACAGAAGCUAGCAUCUUCUCAAGACUCUUUCGUCGAGACCUACAGCCACCUUCUUCAGCCCAUGAUCAACACCAUCCUAAAGGGCGACCAGCUGUCCAGGGUCAUUGCCUCGAUCAGACAAUACCCGACAACAUCUUCAUCGACAUCGACGGCAGCGCCAGCAGCAGCGGUAGUAUUGGUGGUCAGCGCCGCCGCCCGCGAUCUAUCGCCAGCACCACAGCAGAUCCGAACGGACGAUGGACCGCCCCAGCCAACCGCCAAGUCCUCAUGCACUUCAAGCCCGACGAGCUCAGAGAGCAGUCAUCCCAGCAGCGGUAGCGGCAAAGCUGGCCCCGCCACCGGCAGGCGCCCACGUCCGCCGUCCUUCGAAUGGUGGACCUUCUUUGCGGCCGUCCACAUCAGCCCGAGUCCCAACACUUCUACCGUGGAGGCCGUCGACGACAGCAUCUCCGUCACACACACCAACGGCGGCAACGGCUUCGCCUCCGCGAGUCGGACCCUGCUCCAUCAGACCCGUCUGUCUUGCGGCUCAGUCUACACUGGACGGGCCAACAAGUUUCAAUCCAAGCCGCAGCCGUUGAGUCAGCACGCCUAA